AUGCGGUUCAGGACGCGCAUUUCCAACGUCGCUUUAUUACACAAAAUCGUCCGUUCCCUCGCUGCGCUCGCCAAGGUAUGCGUCGUGCGCCUGAGUCCAGAUUCGGUGCAUUUCAUCGUACCGGGGAACGAGGGGAGAGACGGCGUGCAGGUGUGGUCCCAAGUCAAAGUGCCCACGCUCUUCGACCACUUCCGCAUCGAGUCGAACAACAACAAUGAGAUCUGGCUCGAGGUCAACCUCGACGCGCUGCUCAAGGUCUUGCGCAGCGCCGACACUUCCAGCGGGAUUGCGAACGGUGGGCGCGGCGGCAACACCACCCUGUCGGAUGCAGACGUGAUGGUCAAGCUCAACAAGCUCGACGGCCGGCCUGUGUGGACUUUUGAGAUAUCCGGAAGAACUCCUCAAGGCAAUCCAAUCACCAUUACGCACAACGUUACCGUCCACAUCAUCUCGUCGCGGCGGCAAAAGGAACUUACUGAGCCGUUGUGUCCGCCUCCAGAUCUCAAAACAAUCGUCUCGCGCCUUGGACACCUCGCGGAGGACGUCACUCUCGCUGCCAACCAUAAUGGGCAGCUGGACCUGCGCGUCAAGGCGAACGGCGUCCAGAUGAGCACGACCUGGAACAAUCUCCGUAUCCCAACUACUGCCGACGCCGAGGAUACAGAUCCUCAUCCACCAGAACAGAUGUUCAGCACUACCAUCUCCAUCCGCGGGUUCCAGAAGUUCCUGACAAGCCAUUAUGUCAGCGGUGUGGCCAUUGCCUGCAUCUGUGAAGGUCACUGCGUGAUCGCGUAUGUCUACAUCGGAGGCGAGAUUGACGAGGCUGGAGGUGUCCUAACGUUCUUCCUCCCAGCAAAGAACGUCGACUGA